GUUCCAAAAUGGCGUUCGACGAAUGUUGAUGACAGAGGUGGAGGGGUUGUUCCUCCUAAAACAUGGAUAUGUUAGAUUAUUGCAAGACUUAUAACAUGGUAAAAAGUAGUUAUGGAAACCAAGAAUCUACUGAUCUAACUUCACAGGAGAAUGUUUGUCCGGCUAGUCCACAGAAAAAUCAUGAAAACAAUGUGGAGGAAACCGCAGUGGAAUCAGUGCAAAGUUUAUCAACAAAGCCAGGGGAUUGGUCUCUAUAUCGAUCAGCCACGCAAGUUAACAAAGACCUGAACGAACCCAACGAAAAGAAGCUUAGCCCUUUAAAGGACGUAGCGAGAAGUAAGGGUAUGAUUUCGACGUUAAACACAAGAACACAUCAAAGAGCGAGCUUCGAGUGCGAGUUGACUUUUGCUCCAAAACUUAACGCCAUGAGUAUCAAACUCGCAAAGGAACGAGGAGAGAGAAUUCGCACGGGAUCUGAGAAACGAGUAGCUAGUUCGACAGAUGAAUUUACUUUUAAACCCAAAGUGAGCUCCAAUAGCGUAAAAAUAAUGCAGCAGCUUAAAACAACCUUCAUGGAUCGGCAACAAAUGCAUGUGGAAAAACAAAAGCGAUAUGUGAGUAAACUGUUUGCUUAUUCCUAAUUAAGAAUUGUAAUUCAUUGCCUUUUAGUUUUAAUUAGCACAAGUUGGUGGUGGAUAAAAUUGUACACUUUUGAAUAAAUUUUAAGUACAUGCAUCUAUUUUCGCAAUUGAAAUAUAUAUAUACUCAUGUUAAAUGAACCACAGUCGUUUUUCAGAACACGUUCAGCUGUUAACUGUUGUUCGUUGCAUGCAGAGAAUCAUCAGUGCUGCAGUAACUAUGCUCAUUUGUUUAAGUGAAAGAGGUGGUUUAAUUGGCCUGUAUGUAUCCUUCCUCUUGGGUAGUAACCUGAAAAUCGCGGGUUUGCACUUUGUUUUAAAUAUUUUAAUUAACUUCAGUAUUACAGUAUUCCAUUUUCCCUAACUGAUAUGAGCAAAUGCUCAUGAUACCAUUGGAGCUUUAAUCUAAGUUAAAAAUGAAGAAAGAAUUGUGGCAAAGAAAAGCAGACAGGCAGAAAUAAUUGCCAAUGUCACUAUCACAAGCUUGUGAAGUCUUAAUUUGAUUAUGUAAGUGUAUCAUAUUUCCCACUGUGGAAGUUCUAUCCUAAGGAAUGUUUGGGUAUAGGGUGCUGAUGUGACCCCAGGACCUUAGCCUAUACCAUACCUUAAAUAGUUCAGCUGAAUUUUGUUACCCUAUAUACACUCAAGUCUAAAUUCCCAGAAUAUCUCCUAAUUCAACCUAGAGUUAAUAUUUUCCAGAAAUUACUGAGGUUGGCCUUUAAGCUUUCUUUUCCAAUUAACUGAUUUGCGAUUUGCCUAUCUUAUUUUUUGAGUGUUGAUUCCCAGGUUUCCCAGGGUUGACUAAAAUCUUCAACCAAUUGAUCAGUUUCCAGGAAAAUGAUUAUCCCGAUUAUAGACCCGAUAUGUCAUUUCUAUAAUCUCUUUCACAUGUUGACUGCUUGAAAACCAAUACACUCCACAGCAGCACAAUUACCUGUAUAUCGCCCGAUAUAUGGCAGUAUCCCCUGGGAUGUUUCUCCUUUCACCAAGUCAUUAAAUUUACUUAAACAUUUGCUUGUGUCAACAGAUUGAAGCAACUAUUAAUAACUUAAACCAAAGUAAAGGCAAAUUUAGUCCUGUGCCAGCUGUUUAUAGAUCUCCAUCAAGGAUGAAAAAGAUACCGAAAAUCAAAGAACCAAAUAACAAAAGCAGUGAGGUAAAUGAAAUAUUUUAAAAAUAAUUUUGUUGCUCUGUUAACUAAUACCAAGUUAUGAGAGAGGUGCCGUUCUUUAAUGGCCUGGGACUAGUGGAAUGGCCAGUGGCAAAUCCAGCCCAGGAGGUAGGGGGCUGGGGAGGAGUUGCAGUCCCCCUGGCCAGGUCCCUAGAUUUGCUCCUGAUGACCCAUCAAGCACGUGUUAUUUUAUAUUUGCCAAUGUCAUAUAUGCCAACUUUCCGGAUAUUUAUCCAGAUACAGAACUAAUCUCUAGUUCUCCUGUACAGUUCACCAGAUCUUCUGGAUAUUGAUCGACUUAUGAGCUUUUCACUGCUUUUAGUUGGGGAUUUAUCUACUUUUUCCCAAAAAUUCUAAAUCUGUUGAUUCAUAAUUUACAAUCAUAACGGCCAGUUUUGAUUGGCUGUAAAUUAUAUAAGAUAUCAUAUAACGCAUUUGGAGACUGGAUCAAGGUUGGUUGGUUGAUUUUCAAGGGGGGUGGGGGUGGGGGGUAAUUUAUCAGUUUGGCAUCUUUUUUGUGGCGCAAAAAUUACAUUUAGAGACUGGAUCAAGUUUUGAUUAUCAGAGGAAGGGGGGAGGGAAAGGAAUUUAAAGAGACAAUCUCCAGAUUUUAGUUCCUCCGGUCAGUUUGGCAUCUUUUUUGUGGCACACAGUUUUUUAAAAAAAUUGAUUUGCGUACUUUAUUUACAGAGACCAGAGAGUGUUACCUCCCCUGAAGUACUUGAAUCAACUUCUGCCCCAGACUUGACAAUGUCUGCAUCCAACAAGCCAAGCAACAUUCUAAAGAAUUCUUCAUCAUCUUGUGACUUAAAAAGUCCUUUACAUGAUCAAUUAACAGAGAAAAACAACUUAAAGUCAUCAUCAUCCAAUGAACUUAUCAAGAAGAACAAAUCCAAUUUAAAAAUUUCUGAGAGUGCAGUAAAUAGAGCCAAUGCAGCAUACCAGAAAAUGCAAGAAACAAGUCCAUAUAACCAGUCGGUUGAAAAUCUGUACUUAAAGAGGGCAAGGCGUGUUUUGAAAGCGCAUAAAAGAACUGUUACGCAUCCUCCGUCUAAGGCAGGCACAGAGAGGGGUAAUGAAAUGAACUUGAAUGAUACAUCAAGAGUUGAGAAUAACCCAAGCAAACAGAAAAAUACUCAUUCUAGAAGUCAUUCACAACCAAGUUCACACCCUGUUGGCAAACUCAAAUAUGAUGACCCUUUGUUUAGUAAAGUUAGGAAUUGUAAAAAGGCUGCGGAAACUGCCAUAAAGGUAGGUGAUUGUUGGUUUUAAAAUAAUAUAUACAUGUUUAAAAUUUUCAUUAUGCACCUGUUACCAGUAUAGAAUUAAAGUUAUUAAAUUACUAUAAUUCUAAGGGUCGAGAGGUGCUUCACCGUAUAUUCGUGUAAUUAUUUAAUGUGUGGUUCCAAAAAUUAUCCAUAUACCUUCCCCACAGAAGGGAUUUUUCCUUAGACCACCCCACCCCUCUGGAAAUUCCAGUCAAGCUUCAUACAUUUACUUAAAUUUUUAGGCCUAUCCCUUCACGGGGGGAGUAUGGAUAUUUUCCGGGACUGCACAAUGUGGCAAUGAUUUGCUCUACCCCGUGGAGGUUUAUUGGUUUGAAUGCCCCAACUUUUCUGGAAAUCCAAGUUUGGGUGAAAUACUUUCAUAUAUUCACUUUCCCCAUGCUCACACUUUCCUUUUAAGUAUUUUUGUGCCUCAAUAAUUAGACCGACCCCUCUGCCACGGGGCUACUCUGAGGACACUGUUUUGUAUGGAGAGGCCCCACCUGAAGGUCGCAAACUCCUAGCCUUUUUAUAAACCAUUUUUAAGCAGAUUAAAAUACUGUCCCCAUUUGUACACCUUUUAUUGAAAAAUGGUUCCCCAUAUAUCCCUUACACCUUAAGUUAUCUUCAGUUGUCAUUUUGUGUAUUAUAAUAAGCAUUCAAUGAGUUAAAAUUUGGUACAGCCAUUAUGAACUGGAAGCCUGAAAAAGAGCCUGUUUCGGGUGGUACUUGUCUUUGUAGGCCAAUUUGUAGUGAGUAUCCCCUCCUGAGACCUCCCUCAACUCAAUACAUUUACUUUCUUGCAGCAAAAGAAGGUUUUUAUUUGCCAUGGCCCCUACCCCAUAGUCCGAGCUGUGCUGAGGAAGCGAGGAUGGGUAGAAAAACACUACAAAGGGAACCUUUUACCACCAAAGGACAAGAAAAAUGAAAGUGAUGGAAGCGACGAUGACUCUUGUGGUAGUGGAGAUGAUUCUGAUAAUGAAACCUCAGAUAAUCACUCACCACGCAACAAAGAGAAAAACACGAAGACCUCUUGUAAUCUAGCAGUGUCUAAGUCGCAAAGAGGUUCCAAGACAAGAACCAUCAAUGUUAGCAAAAGUGAGGAUGACGAUGAUGAGGGGGAUGGGAGUGGCAGCUGUGAUGACAGUGAUAAUGACAGUGAUGACAGUAAUGAAGAUUGGAAUGCAGGAUAUGAAGGGAACGGCCCUGACUGUGAAUUUAGCCUUAUGGUAAGUGGAAUUUUUGCAAAACUUGGUCAAUGUUGCUUUCAAUUCUGUCAGUUAUAAGCUUUUUGACAUGCCCAGUCUCAGAUGAGUCCGUGGAAUUGUCCAUCUUGAAUGAAUCUUUACCCUUUUAUUUUUUCAAUCCACUUAAAAUCCUGGGUCUACUGCAUGGGACACACCCUACAGGGCUCGCAAGAAAUCCUUGAAAUCCAGCUUGUCCUUUGGGCAAGCAGCUCUUUCAUUUUGCUUUCCCAGGGCCACUUCUGGCUCAUCUUAGUUAAUGAUUUUAUUAGAGGAUGACUUACCUGGAACCCUUGGGCAAGUGAGCUAUAGAUUAAAGGUACUUGCCCAGCAACAAAAUCUACUUGACCCAGGACUUUGCUUUGAGAACACCCAACCCCCCCCCCCGCACUAUUUAACUCCAAUAAUCCUUGCUUCUUGGCCCACAAAUUAAGUUGUCGCAUGACAUAACUAAAAGUUGUUUAAAUUCACGUUCACAGUCAAGGUCUGUGCGCAAUGCUGUAGCUUCUUUUAUCUGGACAACAAAACGUGAUGAUGUUGACUUCAAGUUCUUAAGAAAGGUAAGAUCAGAGUUUUAUGGAAAAAAUGGAAAUGGGUCCCCCAGGUGUAAAGUAACAAGUACAAAAUUAUGUAGUACUCCACACCUUCCCUCAGAAGGCCAGGGCUCCCCUCGAAAUUCUAGCAGUUUUAAUUAGCUUUUUAAUGUCUGAGGCUUUGAGAACACCCUGCUCCUGGAAUUUCCAAUAUUUUUUGUCACAGGAGUAUGGAUAUUUUCCGGACGUUAUUGAUUGGAUUACAGUCAUUAGUCAACAUCUUGAAAAUUUCUAUUGCAAAUUAUGGAGCUUUUUAAAUGUCUGAGGAUUCGAGAACACCCUGUUCCUGGAAUUUCAAAUAUUUUUGUCUGAGGAGUAUGGAUAUUUUCCGGACGUUAUUGAUUGGAUUAUAGUCAACAGCUUGAAAAGUUCUGUUACAAAUUAUGGAGCUUUUUAAAUGUUUGAGGCUUCGAGAACACCCUGUUCCUGGAAUUUCCAAUAUUUUUGUCAGAGGAGUACGGAUAUUUUCCGGACGUUAUUGAUUGGAUUGUAGUCAAGAGCUUGAAAAUUUCUAUCGCAACUCAGUUAUGGAGGCCGUCAUCUAUAGAAACUGGUGUAGGCUAAUGCAUUAAUAUAACUUUUUACAAAUGAUAUUUCUUAUUUCUAGGAUCAGAUAGUGAAUCAUUAUUGCAAAGCUGGUUCGUUUACUACCAAGGUGAGAAUAGGCUGUCAGCUUGGAGCACAUAUAUUUUUUAAUAUUAUGGUUAGAAGUGAACGACAUACUGUAUCUGUCAUCAGUCAGUGCGCUGCGACAUGCACUGCAGUAGUAGUGGCCUCUAAUAUUGAUGAUGUGGAAACGAAACAGUAACAUUAUGAUGUCAAUGUUAAAGGCUUAAGGCCGCGGGGGACACCUAUCUAACGAAUAAACGAAUAAAUUUAUUAGACAAAAUUUUGCUUUUGCUACAAAAAAAAAACGCUUCUGAUAUCUUGGCUGUUUCAGAGGUGAUUCAAAUAAAACUUUACAGAAGCAUUGUGAAAUGAUGGAAGUUUAGGAUGGUUGUUUUUUAUUAGGUAGAUCGCACUGUAUGGCAAUGUUUUAAGCCACAGUUGUACCAAACUGGGAAAUCGCGGUUUUGUGUCCAAGUUUGCGCAAAGUAUAGAACAGUAAAGGAGACAGCAGUCUGUGAUUUUAUCAAUCAGUGGUCGGUCAAAACCUCUAGUGUGUCAUGUAUAGAGCAGAUUUUACAAUUUAAAGAUUGCCAGCACCACAUGUAACCGUUCAAGCAAAAUCUGCAUCCCUGAAAUUAACGCCUUAUACCGAUCUUUUCAAUUAUAAAAGAACUCGUUUAGAAUUCCACUCCAUACAUGACAAACUGCGGUGUACUAAGUUUACCUCUCUGUAGUGGCAGCUCUUGAAGAUUUGUAUCUGCGCAAAACUCUUGGAAAUUGUCGGAAAAGUCAAAUUUUGAGACUCUCGAAGGUGUUCAGCCUAAAGCACGUGUUCCAAACAAGAUAUGUAAUUAUGGUAAUUAUAGUUAAUUACAUUCCACGCUUUAAUUUGAUAUAAGCAACAAUGUUUUCAAGGAUUUUUGAGGCAAAAAAACGUACAAAGAGUUUUGGUCCUAAAUUUGUUUGAAAUUUCUAAAGAGUUCUUUAUUUUCAUUGAAUUAAAAAUCACUGAAUUAAUAAGGCUUACUACCACUCAGAGACGUUUGUUACUUUUGAAGAAAUAUUUUGGUCACAGUCUCCUUGCCACACGUGUGUGUCAGCACUUUAGAUUAUGCGCUCGCUUUUAUCCAGUUAUGAAUAUCUCGUAAACCUGUCGAUAUCAGACAAUGUACUUCGUACAUACGCUUUAAAUAAACGCAUAAACAUAAGCCCUGAUGUCCCCGGCGACCAUGACUCGUGUAAUAAAAAGUACAUGUACUCUUUGUCAUUAAGUUUCUCUAUCAGGGUUCGCACAAAAUCUGGAAAGUCAUAGAAUGCAAGAAUAUUAUUUUCCGGCAGGCCUGAAAAGUCAUGGAAUUUUAUUUUUUGUUUGUUACGUUAGUCACGGCAAGUGACAAAGCAAGGACAAUGUAAGAUAAAGUGGAGUAAUUAAACAUCGAGAACGGCACGCAUUUUGGUGGACACCAGAGUUUGUGUAUGUUAACUAUUUAAAGUCAAAAAAUACGUUAAAACAAGGAAAUUUUUGAACAUUUUUGAUAGUGACAGCUAAAUUGAAGUCAUAGAAAGGCAUGGAAUUUGAAAAGCUCAAAAGAAUACGAACCCUGUCUAUGGUUAGGCUCGUUUUCUGUUUGUCUCACAGGCUAACUGGAGCAUUUGAGUCCUCACUGUUUGUUCCCUGCCGUUUAUGCUUUAAACUGCUCCUUCAUCAGUCUACUGUAGAGAUACAUGUGUUUUGAUGAUUUAUACAUCUCUAUGUUGUCUGUAGGUUGGUCUCACAACAAACAUCAGAAACUUGUGUUGGUAUGAAGAGGCAAAUCAUUUCUCCUUCUUUCCUCGCUCACAUCUUCUUGGCUCUGAUGAUGAGAGGAUGGAGUUUAUAGGUAUGUGAUGCAUAUUUCAGCGAUUCCAUCUAUCGGACUACUAGAAGCGCAAGCAAAGACAAAAUACGUGCAAUUCAAUGCUAGUUGUUUGCAUACUUUUCAGUAUAAAAUAACUAAGAUAGUACGCGCGUUUUGAUUGGUUAAAAACGUAUGGCUCGUAAUUUACAAGCUUUUUGAGUGUUCUCCCAACAUCCCGCGUGGGUUAUCACGCCGGUAAACCUAUGGAAAGUGUGGUCUAUUGCUUAUAUAGUUUACUCAAAAAACAACAAAAUAAAGCGGGUACUUGAAACGCGAAAUUUCACCCCGGCUUACACUGGAAGCGGACACUGGACGUACGUACGAACGAUUUUGUCAGAACCAAAAUUUCUUGGGUGGAUAGAUACCCCAAUUUUCUUGCGCGAAAGCUCCGCUAUGACGGUGAAUCACACGGUUUUCCACACCAGAACAGAACGUUAGGGGCUGUAACUUUUAACCUUGACAGCAGACUUUAUGUCGCUCAUCUCUACCAAGGAGGUAGUACAAAGUGCCAAUUGCCCAAUGCUCUCUGGUGUGGUUGUUAGUUUGAAUAAAGUUAAUCUCCACUGCUUUUCCCCUAAAAUUCAGAUGACUAUCGUCUCACUGCCGCAAUUAGCAUUUUAAAGUGGGUCACGGAGAGGUAUGAGAAUGGCAACCAUGGUGGCAAAUUACACCAGAAAGACCCGUCAGACCCUCCGAAAACUCCGUCAAGUACGCACCGGAAUGUGUCUACCCCACGGAGGUCUGCCACACCCAAGAAGCCCUCUACACCCUCUGCUGCAACUAGAUGCUCCUCUCGCGAAAGCAGCUCCAAUGUGACACCAGUGAAGGCUUUAACACUCGCUUUGGAGGCAUGCCGAGACUUUCUUAGAUGCAAAGAACAUUUGGAUAUUGAUGAUCCGGUUAAUAAGGUAUUUUUUUAACAUUAUUAAACUUUUUUACUUUUAUAUGCAGACAAGUUUUGAAAUGAAAAAAAUCCAAAAACAUGAAGUCAAGAGUACGUCAGGACUCCUAUAUCGAGUGUAGAAUUCAGUACAUUGGCGAACUAAAGAGCCUCCUAACUGUUAUUAUUUUAAAGUUCUGCACUAGUCCUGAAACAGGAAAUGAGCAGAUCUCAACAUGGACUGCCUACAAAGACAAUUGGGGGUGACAACGCAAAUUCAGAGGGCAGUUUAGUAAAGAUAACGGCUUACGACCCUUGAAAAUAUGAAACGACCAGCAGUGUUACAAUUUUGCCUUUGUUGAAUACUAAUACAGUGGAACCCCGUCUUACGGCCACCUCGGUAAUACAGUCACCUCGUUAUAACGGCCACUUUUUUUGGCCUCUCGGCAAAAACAACCAUAUUUCUUGUAAACAAACUCUCGUUAAUACGGUCACUUCGUUAUUACAGCCAAUUUUUUUUGGCCCAUUAACGGGGUUCCACUGUAAAAACUGUCUAGAAAUCAUCAUCGCAAAGUCCACAGUCACUAAAAUAUAUAACUUAAAAUAUUUUUACUUCAAAACGAGGCUUUCUGGUGAAAUUUAUGUCUCAGGGACGGAAACAUGGGAGGGUGGGCUAUUUUUUUUUUGGCCCAUUAACGGGGACCCACUGUUUUCUGUCUAAAAUCAUCAUCACAAAGUCCACAGUCUAAAAAAAAAAAAAAAUAUUCAAUUAAAAGCAAAAAGAUAUGUCCACCCCUUUUCUUAAAAAUGUCCUGGAACCGCCCCUGUUUUAUUUAAAAGGCAACAAAAAAACUCCAAAGUCUUGAUGCGUAAACCGAAAAGGAUCUAUAUUUGUAAGUUCUAAGAUUAAAAGAGGUCUAAGAUUAAAUUAUUUGUUGAAGCCAAAUAUUCUGUAGAAACCCAGCGUAAUUAAUGGCUUUUUUUUAGGCACCUGCUCUCACUGAGGAUUCAUGGAAACAGCUGGUUGAUUACUACUACCAAAUCAAAUGGUGAGUAAAUUUAGAAAUAUAUAUAUACUGCCCACGCAAUACUUUUUGUUCACACCUCGAUCGAUUUGUGGAGACUGACGUUAGAAGAAGAAAUGUGUUAAAUGAGUUACUCAUUGUGCGAUAUUAUUUUCAGUCAUGGUGCUGUUAUUGCGACUGCUUACCCCUUUCUCAAAGAGUGCCAGAACACAUUAAAACAGGUAAGAUGUCUAUCAGUUGAGCUGUCGGUUGCUUUCAAAUAAGAAAAGCUCUCGCUCAUCGCGUGGAAAGAAUUCUCGUUGAGCCAACUAAUUCGUUAAAAACUGGAAGUUGUGUGUUUUAUCUGAUAGUCGCGGCUGCCUUUCGCAAUUCGCUAUUUUAAAGAAAAGAUUGUAAAACAGUCCACAAUGAAAGGUUUAACAAAACGGUGAGAUAUUCACUUCCAUCCCGGCCAUAGCAGGAAUGGAUGGAGGUGUUACCAUUGCCAUCAAGCACAUAUUUCUGCUUAUUACUCCUCCUCAAAGUUUUUAUGCGCAUCAUGGAUUUCUGCUAUCUGUGGAAAAAAGCGUUACUCUUAGCACUGCAGAACAGUUUUUGAUCAAUUCUCAGACAUCAGAUAAGGAGGGUCUGAAUAGGGGGUACCUCGAUAACACUAAACACUUCAUUUUUGGGCUUUGUAACAUGAAACAGUUAAAUUUUAGGAAUUUUAACACUAACAGAAUAAAAUUCUUUGAAACAGUAAAUUUCUUCUAGAAAGAAGCAAAACGCCUCCAAAACGGCCAAUAUUGUUUUGUUUAUAUCAAGGAGUUUUCAGCCAUUUUACGACAAUUCCGGAUUAUUUCAGAAGAUUUCCAAAGGCUACCGACGAUUCCCGAAGACUGUCCUAUAGAUUUCGAAAGACUAGCGAAGAGGUCCGACCAUUGUCGAAGAUGUUCGAAGAACCCUCCAAACACUUAACAGUAUUUUCUUCGGAAACAGUAAACAUUAAAAAAUUGACCAAUUUAACAGCAAACAUGCACUAAAAAUUAUGGGCAAAUAACACUAUACACUAAACCCCAUUCAGACUCUCGAUAAGCGCUAUCUUUUAGUUCUAACUUGGUAUUGAUUUGGGUUAUUUACAGAUGAGAGACCACCUUCCUCAAUUGGACAUAGAUGGAGUGAAGAAUAUUUGGAUCGUGAAACCUGGAGCUAAGUCAAGAGGGAGAGGUAAGGGGACAUCAGCACGAAAAUGGCGGAAAAAUUCCUUGAGUGAAGAACAUAACAAUCAAGAACGCGCCUUUUCCACUAGUAUAAGUGGACCGGUAUUAGUACUCACAAUCAGCCAUUUUUGCUUUAGUGCGCGUGGUAUCGAUGGAUUAAACUAACUCAAACUACAUGCCAAGAUCUCAAUUGUUGAAGGGAAAGAGAUGGUGAAAUUGAUUAACUCUGUGAUGUGUUUUUGUUUGCUCUGUCUUAAGGAAUCAUGUGCAUGGAUCGUCUAGACGACAUUGUGAAACUUGUUGGAAGUAAUGCUGUGGGAAAAAAAGAAGGCCACUUCGUAGUGCAAAAGUACAUAGGUAAAAAAGUGACCAUAACGUAGAUGUUGAAUACCGUAAAAUUCCGAAAAUAAGCCCCUCCAUGUAUAAGCCUCCCAAAACGAUAACGCCGAAAAGGCUCCAGAUAAAUCUGCGAGACACUGACAAAUCACGAUAUUUUGCGAUAACAGAGUUCAAUAAUUGUUUUAUCAUCGAAUACAAAGUUUGUCAAAUGAAAAAAGGUAAAUUUCCUCCCAUUUUCACGCAAGAGCGAUCGCAAGAAGAUUUUAGCACGGUUUCCUUUCCGCAUGUGCAGAAUAAUUUGCAGCCAAACACAGUUGGACGGCAUUGCGCAAAAAUAAGACCAUUAAAAGGCAGUUAUUUGAAAAAUGGUGGGCCUCGGGACUUGAAAAGAAAGAAAAAUUUGCCUCGAAUGAUAAAUCUUAAAAUACUACUCCCUUAAGUAAAAUUCGAACGAAUUGUUUGAAAUGGAGCAUGUUUGUUCAAAGGAAUGCAUUUCCUCCGUCCUGUUUAUUCUAGACGCGAGCAAAAACUUUUCAUGGAGUUUCUUCUAUCAAAAAGCGCAAAUAGCGGGCUCUUAAGCGUACCUCGUCAUGUUCUGUUGAUAAAGGUGCUCACUAAAGACAUCGAAAAGACAAGCUUGUCCUACUAAAAAUACGAGGAGGGAACGUUUAGGAAUCGCUGGUGCUCGUGUCUGUCUAAUGCAAGUUUCACUACGGUUGGCUUCAGCUUAGUUGCUUCGUGUUAGCUCACGUUAGCUUUUGCUGGCAUUUCCGUUUUAUUGUUUCUGACAGAAAAACCGUUGUUGAUUUACAACGUCAAGUUUGACAUACGGCAGUGGUUUCUUGUGACUGACUGGAAUCCACUCACCUUGUGGUUUUAUAAGGUAAGGAAUGAAUAUCACUGUAGCUGUUAAGCAUCUAGAAUGUCUCUCUUAACAAAUGAGAAAUGAUAUUAGCCAUCUGAAUUUUUGUGUUAAAGCACCUUGUGUUGUAAAUGAAUCAAAUUGCUUCAGAAACAUUCAAUUACCAGUAAUGGUAAUGCAUUCAAUUUUUAAUGUUUUUACUUCCUCUGUCUAGGAUUGCUACAUACGAUUCUGCAGUCAAAAUUUUUCUCUGGAGGACUUUCACAUGUAAGUUUCCUUUGCAACUCUAAAUUUAAAUUUACAAUUUUUCGAUUCUUAUAUUAAUUGAAAUCUCUGUCAUUUCUGUAUCUACAGAAGCAUACACUUGGCCAAUAACUCCAUCCAGAAACACUUUGAGAACAGUGGAAUUCGCGACAAGCGCAUCCCAGAGGAUAACAUGUGGAGCAGCGAUGAUCUAAAGGCGUACCUCAAGUGAGUCCAGCUGUCAAUGCCUGUUUAUUAACCCAAUAAAAUUGAAAAAGUUCAAAAAUUACCUUUAUGAAACUGAUUAACUUAACCACAGUGAGAACAGCUUGAAUAUUUUUAUGCAAAUAGCCCUUUGUAGGACUUAAUCUGGAUUGUUUGGUUAGUAUAAGAGCCUCUUACGUAUACACUGACAUAUUGAAUAUACUCUCACACAGUGAAUAAACCACAGUAAAAUACUGCUCGUUACCUUUCAAUGUGUUUUGAUUGUUUAACUCUGAGUAACACCCUUCCCUUCUCGUAAAUCAAGUGUUGAAUGUUUUGGCUCUGCCAAAUUGUGCAUGGAAGAAAGCAGCUGCUCAGUAUCUGAUGAAUUUCGUGCCUAGACUUGAAAUUACGACCGCUGUUUACUUCACAACAAAUAGUACCACAGAAAAGUGUUGCCUCGGGUUUUGAAGGAGAGUUUUUAUACAGGCUGGAGCCCAAGAGUGAUGGGCUCCUGAAAGAAGCAAUUCAGAGCAUAUUCGAUUUCAUUACGGCGUUAAUACAUGUAACAGGUGCAUAGGUUAGGCCAAAAGGUGACAAACGUUCUCGAGAGAGUAGUGUCAUCACUUCACACAGAAGUUGAGGUUAUAUUCUUCUGGUUCAUAUCAUAGCUUUUUUCUUCAAAUAAAAUAGAUGUUUGAAAACAAAUCUUCCCAGACAAAACAAUAUAACAUAUCUUGAAAACCUGACGAGUUUGUGAAAUUUUGUCCUUGUAGGAAGAGGGGUGUGGGUGAAAUGUGGGAAGAUGUGAUUUAUCCUGGCAUGAAGAAGGCCGUAAUCUCAGCUGUGCAGUCUUGUCAGGAGAUCGUGGAAUAUCGCAAGGUAAUGCUUGACUCAGAACCUCUCAGAACGUACUGUUAGGCCCUGUGUUCCCCAACACAGAGGAAAAAGAUCGCAUACAGUCAACAAGUAAAGGGCAUGCUCGUCUGCAUAUUAACAUUGGGAUAACCCUCUAUAUCGUUUGAGUUGUAUCAGUUGAAACUACUACCCAUGCAACAAGUCUAGUACAGAUACUUAACUUUAAGCUCAACAAUCGAUAAACCAUUCUUGUGAUUUUCUUGUCAGAAUUCGUUCGAACUUUAUGGCGCCGAUUUCAUCAUCAGUGAGGACUACAAACCGUGGCUGGUAAGUAAAAUUAAUAAAUCACAUUCAAAAAAGUUUAUUUUUGAAAUUAAAGCCCUCGGAAUUGUUCUCUCCAAGAAUUUAAACUUGACCUCCCACGAUAAAACGAACCCCGCGAGUGUAGGAUUGCGACGCGGGAAUUGACUCGGGAAUUUUGCGAUCUCAUGACCGACUAGUUAAGUUAGUAACUUACGUGUAAUAUGCUCUCUUACAUACCCAUUAGUCGAUAUAACAAGAGUUUUUUUGCUCUAACUUUUUGUGGUUGCCACCUUUUCGUUCUUGUAGCUUGAAAUAAACUGUAGCCCUACAAUGGGACCAAGCACGGCUGUUACUAGAAAACUGUGCGCUCAAGUCUUAGAGGACACCAUGAAAGGUAUGAGCUCUACCUCUAACGAAUUGGCCUCUUUACAGUUAUGGAUGGAAGCGAGGCUAAGGGUGACCUUGUUUUGAUACAAACCUUCCUGCUUUAUUAUGUAAAUCAAGUUAAUCUUAUGCUUACUAGUAUUUUUCAAGAACAAUUUCCAUAACAAAGCAAAGACGGUUUGUAUCAAAACAAGGGCAUCCAUAACUAAAAAUAGCCUCAUCCUGGAAGUAAAAUGGUAAAGAUGCUGGAUGAUCUGACAUGGACAUUUUGCUAAUUACAGACUCUUUUAUUGGGGGCAAUUAGUAUUUGUCGGAUAAAGGACUUCAAGGGAGUUCUAAAAUCACGAUUUCUCUCUGAUUUGGGUCUUUAUUGGUUUGUUUUGCGCGCGCCACAAUGUGCGAAACUUAGAGCGACCAUUAGAAUGACCCAAUGAGAGUGUUAUUUGAAAUUAAUUAAGUUAUGAUGACACUGAUAUACAUACUUGCAAAAUCAUCCUGACAAACAUAAAUCCAUAUUGUACUGCCUAUACAGCGACAGGACACCCAAGGAACCUCAGGAGAACCAAAGAUUUGUGUGCUGCUCGCUGGGGGGGGCGCAGCAAUAAGCGCUAAUGGUGGACGUAUGACAUUUUCCGCAGUUUAAUUUAAAUCCCACAAAAUCCUUUUUAAUGGCAGAGCACUGGGUUGAAAUUUACCCCAACCAAAAGGAGAUAAAUUACAUCUCACUUUCAAUAUUAUAGGCAGUGUUGAAACUCGCCCUCCCCAGCUACACAGUUUACUCCAAUUUCCUCCCGCUUCCAUCCCUGACUUGUUAUGGGCCCCCCCCGAACUACGCGAGGUUCUGCGAUACACGUAUUUCUAGUAGGGAUGAUAAAGGCAUGUGAUAACUGUGCAGAGCUUUGGAACUCUUCUUACUCUAAUUCUUCAUAUCAUUAAUAAUCUAUAAAGAGAAUAAGAGUGAUAAUGGUUUUGAUACCCAACCUGAAUGGAGGGCGGUAAUUCCCAUUUUAGAGGUAAAAUUAAACCCCUAAGGAAGACCAGUAUGGGUGUAGUUAAGGCUAUAUUUGAGAUUGUACGAAAUAAAACAGACAACCACAUAAGAGCUAUGGUGACUUUCAAUGUGCAAAAGCACAAUAUGAAGGUGCUUGGUUUAUUUUAAAUGGUUAAGUAUGCAGAACUUUAAGCGACGACGUAUGGGUGAAAUAUGAGCCCUCAGUUCUCAACACUCUAAGGGAGACGAAAAUCUGCUAUUUACAUCCUUACGCGAGACCAGGAACAAUCCCCUCUCUUUCCUAUGCUUUUGAUCCAAAAAUUUGGGGCAAACGUUUACUCAGAAUUUCAUCAAGGAUUGAUCGGUAGAGACACACCUUUUUUAUCUGACCUCUCGAUGUAUAUUCCAGUGAAACAAUCUUCGUGUUUAAUAUGGUGCAUACAAUUUGCCUUUUUUAGUGGUCCUCGAUCGACGAGAUGACAAGAACUGUGAAACAGGAAGAUACGAGCUAGCGUUUAAACAGGUACCUUUCUUCAUGAUCGUGCUUUUAAGUAGUAAAUUCUUAUUCCUUUCAUCUCUCGGGCGAAACAUUAGCAGGACAAAAUGGAAAAUGUUUUUAGUCGACUCGUUGGGUUAAUUUUUUGUUUGUUCUUUUGUAGCCACAAGUGACAGCGCCUCCAUAUAUUGGUAUGAGUAUGGCGGUGGAAGGCCAAGGACUCCGAAAACCACCAGAAAAACCCAGGAGACAUAGCGAUACCACAUCACCCAGGACAGCACUUGUAUCCAAGCACAAGGAGACCUCAAAUGACCCCAGUAGCGGCAAGCCCACGAUUGUAUCUCAACCCCAACAAACUGCCCCAGAGAGCAGCAGUGUUAAAAUAACUUCACUGUCGCGACCGAAAGAGUCACGAAUUGUCAUUGCGAGCUCUUCUGGAGAGGUUUUAGAGACAAGUAAUUGUAAGAAACGAGUGGAUGUUAAGAAUAGCGGUAACGCAAAGAAACCCGAAGGUUCUUGGGCAGUCGGAUGUAUGUGUCCGCCGCCACAGUCAAUUCCAAUUGCAACGACGUUCUGUACAACAGACGAUGGAAAGCUUAAAGGACUUAUUACCAGGAGUAAAACUCACUAUUCUGGCGAGGCGGAUGUGGCCCAUGGCGCUGACGUUCAACAACGUUCUGCGCCAAAGGCGAUGAAAAUACCUACAGCAGUGCUCAAGUACUCCUCUACUGACAAGAACAUGCGCCAUCGAACACAGCUGCCUAUUUCAAUAGGUCCAGAUAGUAAUGGAAAGCAUUUCUAGCUAUUCGCCACAGAAGGUGUAACAGCACCUAAUCCGGCAGUCACGCUGUAAGCCCAAAUGUGAGGCAAGUCGGUAUUACGUGAAAAUUUUGGGUCGGAUUGCGUGACAAUCGAUAGAUCUAAAAAAAAAAAUCGAUCUGUUCACGAAUUUAGACUUGAUAAUGCUGCUUACAAUAGGAAUGUAAAAAUUACUGGUUGCAUCAAAUGAAGUGCGCUUCAUGUAAAAUCCCGGUGUUCAGAUAUGUUGCCCUUCAUAAUGUCUGGGCAUGGAUUUGUAAAUCAAAUGAUAGGAAUUGUACAAAGUGUUCAAAUGGAGCAAGACUUUCAAUGUUAAAUAAGUUUGAAAAAGGAACUUUUAAUUUAAAGAGACCUG